CUGCAUUCAGGACUCAUUCCUUUGCCUCAUUCAUUUGUUUUUGUCAAGGUUUUUGUGAAUUUUGGUUUGCGAGUUAUAAUUUAAUUUUUAUCCUCUAUCCAAUAAUUAUCGCAAAUAGUCUUUUGUGUUCUUGAGGCCUGUGCAUAUUUAACAAAAUGGGUAAAGGUUUUAAUAACUACAUGUGCAAAAAGUUCUUCCAUCCUGCCUCAAGGGAUAACUUGAAAAGGGUUUGGAUGGCAGAGCAAAAAACGGAUGCAUACAAAAAAAAACAAGAAGAAUUACGUGUUCAAUACGAAAAGGAACAAGAAUUACAUGAAAACAAAGCAUUGCUGAGUAAAGAAAGCAAAGAUAAAUUAAGUUUAAAUUUUAUGUAUGAACCACCUCCUGGUGUGAAGAAAGAAAGGGAACGUGAAGACAACGAGCCGGAGUACAAAUUUGAAUGGCAGCGUAAAUAUAAUGCACCUAGAGAGAGCUACUGCAAAGGAGAUAAUGAAAUCAGAGACCAGCCGUUUGGGAUUUUGGUUCGCAAUGUCAGAUGCAUUAAAUGUCAUAAAUGGGGACAUAUUAAUACAGAUAAAGAAUGUUCAAUGUAUUCACUGUCCAUGAGUGAGGCCAGAGCACUUCAAGCUUCCACAUCAGCUCCAGAAGAAGAAGAAGAGAAACCUGAUGUCCCAACACUCAUGCAGCAAAUGAGAGAUAAUGGACUUGUAAUGAAACCAGGUGCUCUGCCUCUCUCUGCAACAAAAAUUGAGGAGCAUGAUACAUCAACGCUCACAGAGAUGGAUUUGAUAAAUCAACUGACAAAAAAACAAAAAAAAAAACUGUUAAAGAAGUUGGAGAAAAUGGAAAAGAAAAAGGAUAAAAAACAUAAGCAUAAAUCAAAGCAUUAUAAAUAACAUUAGCCUGCAUGAAUCUUAGUGUAUACCAUAUAUUUUUAUUAUAAACAGAUUUCAAGUG